GGCGCGGAGCUGAGCAGGACGGCCGCCAUCUUGCGCGGAGCCGGAGUCGGAACCCGAGACUGAGGCCGAGAGUGCGCGCGAGCCCGCGGCCCAGUGUAGCCGUGGCUUAGCCGGAGCCUUCUCCCGCUGCCUUUCCGCGUCCGGCCCCUAACCCUCAGCCCGGCCCGGUUCCCUAACCCUCAGCCCGGCUCGGUCCCCUGACCCUCAGCCCGGCCCGGUCCGGCCUCCCCGCGGGGUCACGCGGCCGCCCCGGGGACGAUGAACGGAGGAUAAAUGGUGCCCAAGGCAGACAGCGGUGCCUUCUUGCUGCUCUUCCUGCUCGUGCUCACCGUCACCGAGCCGCUGCGGCCAGAACUGCGGUGCAACCCAGGGCAGUUUGCCUGUCGCAGUGGUGCCAUCCAGUGCAUCCCCCUCCCCUGGCAGUGUGACGGCUGGGUAACUUGUGAGGAUGAGAGCGACGAAGCCGACUGUCCAGAAGUGACUGGAGAGUCGCGUCCUUACCAUGGGAAGGAGGCUGUGGAUCCGCGGCCAGGCCGGGCCCGAGGCAACGACCCCAAGCAUUUCCAUGCGGUGAAUGUGGCGCAGCCCGUGCGCUUCAGCAGUUUCCUAGGGAAGUGCCCGACAGGAUGGCACCACUAUGAAGGCACGGCCAGCUGCUACCGGGUCUACCUGAGUGGAGAGAACUACUGGGAUGCCGCGCAGACCUGCCAGCGCGUGAACGGCUCCCUCGCCACCUUCUCCACUGACCAGGAGCUGCGCUUCGUCCUGGCCCAGGAAUGGGACCAGCCAGAGCGGAGCUUCGCUUGGCAGGACCAGCACAAGUUGUGGGUUGGCUACCAGUAUGUCAUCACCAGCCGGAACCGCUCCUUAGAAGGCCGCUGGGAGGUAGCGUUCAAGGGCUCCUCAGAGGUGUUCCUGCCCCCAGACCCCAUCUUUGCCUCGGCCAUGUCGGAAAGCGACAACGUGUUCUGCGCCCAGCUCCAGUGCUUCCACUUCCCCACCCUCCGCCACCACGACCUGCACAGCUGGCAUGCGGAGAACUGCUAUGAGAAAUCUUCAUUUCUCUGUAAAAGAAGUCAAACAUGUGUUGACAUCAAGGACAAUGUGGUGGAUGAAGGGUUCUAUUUCACCCCCAAAGGAGACGACCCAUGCCUGAGCUGCACCUGCCACGGUGGGGAGCCUGAGAUGUGUGUGGCUGCCCUCUGUGAGAGGCCCCAGGGCUGCCAGCAGUACCGCAAGGACCCCAAGGAGUGCUGCAAGUUCAUGUGCCUGGACCCAGAUGCCAGUAGUGCCUCCACCCCUCAAGUGGUUGAUGAUGACCAAAAGAGUCUCCAGGCAUUGCCAAAUGUUCCCUGGAAGUUGCAGAGUCGCCCAGAUGGCAACAGCCUGUUUGACUCCAUGGCCAGUGGGAUGCGUCUGAUCGUUAGCUGCAUCUCCUCCUUCCUCAUCCUGUCGCUUCUGCUUUUCAUGGUCCACCGGCUUCGCCAGAGGCGCCGGGAGCGCAUUGAGUCCCUGAUUGGAGCAAACUUGCACCACUUCAACCUCGGCCGGAGGAUCCCCGGCUUUGAUUAUGGCCCAGAUGGGUUCGGCACCGGCCUCACGCCCCUACACCUUUCUGACGAUGGAGAAGGCGGCACGUUCCACUUCCACGACCCUCCUCCUCCCUACACCGCAUACAAGUACCCAGACAUCGACCAGCCUGAUGAUCCACCGCCGCCCUAUGAGGCCUCCAUUAACCCCGACAGCGUGUUCUACGACCCUGCAGACGACGAUGCCUUUGAGCCAGCAGAGGCCAGGCCACCAACCCCAGGAGAUGGUGGCGGUGAAGGUGCAUCACCCCGGCGCCUGGAGCACCCUGUGCCUGCCACAGGGGCCUCUCUGGCAGACCUGGAAGACUCAGCCGACAGCAGCAGUGCCCUGCUUGUGCCCCCUGACCCUACCCAGAGUGGGAGCACCCCAGCGACAGAGGCGCUGCCAGGGGGCGGCCGCCACAGCCGCAGUUCCCUCAAUACCGUGGUGUAGAGGAUGGCCCAGCCCACGGCCCCAAUGGGCAGAGAGCACCUUUUUGCUGACAAGAAAACACUGAUCCCUGUGGGAGAUUUGAGGGGCCCCCAAGUGAGUCUGGACCCAGCUGCACUGCUGCACACCCGCUGACGGCGUGCAUGUACGAGUAGAGACCACACCGACCUCCCGAGGGAGCAAACACCUGCACCGAGUCUCCUUGAGGGCUCCAAAAACAUGCUUAGCUUUGGGUCCCUGUCUUUUUCUUUCCAAAUGGCAGAAGAAUGACGAAGUUUGUUCAGACCACACGUUUCAGAAGUAGGGAACAAAGAAGGCACUGUGGGCACGGGUGGGAGUCAGACCACACCUGGCUUUGGUGGGCCUGCUCGCUGCAGCAUGCCGUCCAGAGGAGCCUGCCAGCCAGCCACUGAGCCCUGGGGCUGCCACGUGUACCUCGCUAGCCACUGUUCAGGAGGAGCACUUCCAGGCACUACUGUGUGUGUGGACUGUCAGUAUAGUCUGGGUGGUUGGUCUGCCUCAGGGUAGAUGCCCUUGGAGGUUACUAUAGUGGCCGCUCUGAGGAUACCCCCCAGCCCAGCCAUGAACAUCAAGGGUGACCCUACCCUGGGUUGGGGGCUGGCCUGGGCCUCUGGUGCCCAAGACCCUCAGAUGGAGUCUUGGAAGGAAGUUGAACUCUCCACUCUGUCUUUCAAGCUGGGUCUCUGUGAAGCCCGGUUCUGUGCCAGGGGGCCCUGGCCCUACCCUGUCAUUUUUCUCCCCAGCAUUGCUGUGCAUGGCUCCCUCAAGAGGCAACCCUGGAGCUGGGCCAAGGCCCCUAGCCACGCAUGAGUGUCCUGGCCCUGGAUCCUCCUUUGGGGGUUGGGGGCUAAGCCAGCCAGUCCGCUACCCUCUGGAGCCCCCCACUCCUAUUGAAUUUGCUCGUGGGUCUGGUCUGCCCCCCCACCCUAUCUUGUUUGUGCCAUAAAGGGUUGUUUCUUUGGGGGGAGGGGUGGCUGAAAUUAAUGCCCUGGGCUGUGUCCAUCUCCUGAAAGUCCACUUGCACACCACCACCACUGAGCCGAGUGCCCAGUGGCCGCAUGCCACCUUCCCAUCCUCAGCAGCUCGGGGUGCUGGGUUCCCUGCCCAGGGGCCUUUUGACCAAGAGACCCUGUUGCCUGCUCCUGGGCAGUGGUCUUGUCUCCUGACACGGGGCUUUUAGCAUUUCUGAGGUUUGGAGAUUAAGCGGGUUCUGUGCGAUUUUUAGCACAUCCAUAUCUUUUCUACGUUGAAUGUCUGGAUCUUUUCUUUCUGUGUGUACGCGUGUGUCUGUGUGUGUGUGUACAUCUGUGUCCAAGUUUUGCAGGUGGUGGCAGUAUGCCAGAAUUCGGCCUUGGGGCCCCAGUUUCCCAGGCCAGCCAUGGCAUCUUUGGCGGCACUGAGGUGUGGCCAGGUCUGCACCUCUGCCCCUUGGCUGAGAGCAUGGAGCCCUGCUCCUGGUCCCCCUUGUAGCUCUUCCAGACCAGCAUGCAGUGACAGGAGGGUUGACUAGAAGUGGGUGUUUCUGUGGUGCUUUGUGGUGACAGACCUCGGUGGCACAGUCCAGUCCUAGGCAUGUUCUCACACUCUCCCAUUGGAAACCCAUUGUGUUCUUCCAGUAUGGAAUGAGAUUUUUGAGUUUCCCCACAGAACUGUCAUCCCUUGAGCCGGCCAGAGGUGUGAAUUUUGAACUGCCUGUCUAGGCUCGCAGGAUCCAGCGUGCUGGAGGCAGGACUCAGGCGGGCUGCAUGCCAAACAGGCCUGAGCUCCCCUUGCCAUAGGGCUGAUCCUUCAAGAAUACACCCUGGGCACGUGUGCCCCACGUUGGCUGCUGAAGACAAAGCAGGAAGUGUGUUGUGCCUCCAGCGUGCUGGGCUCAGGGGAGCCGAGGUCUAGAGCAGCAGCCACAGGUCUUACUGGUGCCAGGUGAGUGUCCUGAGCGUGUCUGCUUUGGAGUGACUAUCCCAGCGGAGCACAUAGGGGCCUGACUUCAACAGCCGAGAGUCCUUCACAGCUCCCCUCUCUCUGGCCCAGACCUCAGAACCAUGUGUUGAGGACAAGGCAGUUGGCACAAGAUGUCUGGGACUGGGGAGCUCCCUUUGGGGACCGAAGGACUACUGGGGCCAAUCAGGCAUGCAGGAGGCAUUGAGGAGGUGGCCUGAAGUAUGGUGGGCCCGCUUCUGGACUGGCCAGGGUUCUGUCCCAGCACCAGGGUGCUCAGCCCACUGGGGUCCUUGGGCUCUACAGAGGCCUGCAUGCCAUGUGUGCAGGAGCUGGUGCCUAGGAGUGAGCUCUGCUGGAGGGCGGUUGUGAGGGGAACAAGGUGGGGGAGCCGGGGUCUGCCUGGCUGCCCUUGGCCUCCUGUCCAAUUGCCGCCCUUUGUUAAGUUCUAACUGCUCCAGGGUCUGAUGAAGAAUCCCAAGGCCAACCCGAGCUGAGACUCUUGUGCUCCUGUGAUUGACUGGGCUCCCAGAGGUACAGGCCAGGCUCUUGGGAGGGGCCUCUUCCCCCAGGACCCGACUUACCUGGUGGAGGAAGGAGUCGAUACUGUACAUUGUCUCAAUGCCUGUUUUUUAUGUUCUCCUUUCACUAAGGGUUUUAGUUUGGGUUUAUUUUUGGUUGGGUUGGCACUAAUCCUUUUCUUAAGAUGCUGUGAGAACCAUUUCAUCCAAAUGCCAAAUAAAUUUGUGUUCUGGAA